AUGGCACGAAAAGUCCGGCCCAUCGCCUUCAUUACGCUUGCAGUAAGCCUGUGCUCUACAAUAUAUGCGAAGCCCGUUGAAAUCUUGUCGAGGAACGUCUCAAAUAAUCUCCGAGGCCCAGAGGAUCAGCCGGGUCUCAUCGAUACCAACACUCUAGGAAGUCUAGACAAGCCAACUCUUAGCCCAAGACAGGAUUUCCCUCCCCCGCAGAUACUGCCACCACCCCAAAUUGUGUAUCGCGGCGACAAGAGAUCGCCCGACGAGAUCAGGGCUACCGGUGGCUUUUUGCCAAGCUCCGACCUUGCGCCAACUGAUGAGAACAAUGGAUUCAGUCUUUAUAUGCACCACACAUCCGCAAGAAUAAACAAUAAAAGAGUUACCUCGUAUGUGUCUACAACCAGGUACUUUGGUACAGGGCUUGCAUAUGCGAAUCAGGCGAGCAGAGAGGGUGGAUGGCUCUACCAAAUUCAAGCCUUGCCACAUAUGGUUGACUCCGAUGGGACUCUGUUGCAGGGGCGGAAAUACCGCAAUGAGUAUGAGUUUUCAGCCUUGGGAGGCAUACGCUGGGAUCAAGUCAAGGCUGCGGUCCAGGUUCCGGGUGCGAAAACCUCCACAGACUACAAGUCCGGUUCUAAAACAUGGACUUUUGUGACCAUGGAAGACUUUAAUAAGACGUUCCCUGAAAAGCAAUGGGUUGUCAAUACAGAGUAUAACUCGAGCUAUGAUCAGUUCGAAGCGAGCCCCGGGCAGCCCCAGCUGGCUGGAUGGUUCCAAUACGACUAUGACGAAGACAAAUACAAGUCUAAGGAGCCUUGGAGUCAGUAUCAGGCGCAGACAGUCAGGCAAUAUUUCAUAGACUUCAUGAAUCAGGUGGGCGGGCCGGUGGGGUGGACUGGCACGUAUCCGUUGGUUCUCUCCGAGGACAAAUGGAUGGACAGGGCGAGACUUUAG